AUGGCCACCGGAGACAUCACCACGCUUCCCUCCGCACCUGAAGACGGCAAUGGUGGCUUCCCACCCGGAACCUUCAAGGAACCCAAAAGGCUGUACUGUAAGAACGGUGGCUUCUUCUUGCGGAUCAAGUCAGACGGGGGAGUGGACGGAAUCCGAGAGAAAAGUGAUCCCCACAUAACGCUUCAGCUGCAGGCCACAUCUGUCGGUGAGGUGGUCAUCAAAGGAGUGGUCGCCAACCGCUACUUAGCCAUGAACAGAGACGGCAGACUUUUUGGAGCGAGACGAGCGACUGAUGAAUGUUACUUCUUGGAGCGUUUGGAGAGCAACAACUACAACACGUACCGCUCCAGGAAGUACCCAACUAUGUACGUGGCACUGAAGCGAACCGGCCAGUACAAGUCUGGAAGCAAAACUGGACCGGGGCAGAAGGCCAUCCUCUUCCUCCCGAUGUCUACUAAGAGCUAA